GAAGUUGUGAGACACUAAUCACUCUCUCCAGACCUAUCGCUUCCACCUCCAUCUCCCAAAAUUUAUGUAUUCACUCUCUCUCUCUCUGCUCCCAAGUCCCAAGUCCAACGAAUCGAGUCACGUCUGCCUUGGCAUAAAUUUCGCUUCUUCGUUCAAAUGGACUGAAAUUUUCAAGUCUCUCUCUCUCUCUCUCUCUCUCUCUCUCUCUCUUUCUUGUUGCUGGCUAUCCACCAUUUAAUUUCUUCAUCCACAGAAUUCGAAUUACAGAAGAAUAACCAAGAGACUACCAUGGAACGAGUAAUCAUUAAGGAAGAGGAAGUAACGGUGGUCGGUACUGCUUUGCCUCCGCUGCCCAUGGAGGGUUUGCACGACACCAGCCCUCCUCCAUUCUUGACCAAAACCUACGAUAUGAUCGAGGAUCCAUCAACUGGCUCCAUUGUCUCUUGGAGCAGAGCCCGCAAUAGCUUCAUUAUUUGGGAUUCCCAUAAGUUCUCCACCAACCUCCUUCCAAGAUACUUCAAGCACUGUAACUUCUCGAGCUUCAUUCGCCAGCUCACAUACGGUUUUAGAAAGGUUGAUCCAGAUAGAUGGGAGUUCGCGAAUGAAGGUUUUCUGGGAGGGCAGAAGCAUUUGUUGAAGAAUAUCAAGAGAAGAAGAAACGUCUCUCAGCACAUGCAACAACAAGUAGCAGGAGGACCUUGUCUCGAAUUGGGGCACUGUGGGUCGGAAGACGAAAUCGACAGAUUGAAGGGGGACUGGAACCUGUUAAUGGUGGAAAUCGUGAAUCUUGGACACCAACAACAAACGUCCAGGAAGCAACUCGUGAGAAUGGAAGAACAGCUGCAAGGUACAGAGAGGAAGCAACAACAAAUGAUGGUUUUCCUUGCCAGAGCUCUGAGAAACCCUCUUUUUGUGCAACAACUCAUCCAUCGGAACGAGCAGAAGAAAGAAAUGGGCGGAGUUGGGAGGAAAAGGAGACUGCCCCCCAGUCGAAGCACCGAAAAUUUUCCGGAGGAGAUAAUACCAAUACCAUCUGAGACUACCUGGUUUGUGGGGUACCCUAACCAAGGUCAGGAGGAAGUGCCAGAAACAGAGUCGGAUAUGGGGACGUUGUUUUCCGUGACUAUAGACAAUGAAGCUGCGAGCAGUCCUAUUCAGGACCCGAAAGCUGAUGCGAUCUCCAAAACAAAUGAACCAGAUUUGAGCUGUGUUGCUAACGAUAUAUCCUGGGCGGAAUUACUGGACGAGGAGUUGAUUGCGGGUGAUGGAGGGGAUGAAAUACAUCAAUCGGAAAUCGAUAUCCCAGUGGAGGAUUUGGUUGUUGAGACACCGGAUUGGGGUGAAGAUGUACAGGAUUUGGUGAAACAAAUGGGCUAUCUGGGGUCCAACAAAUAGUACAAGGAAGAGGAACAAAGCACUGGUUGUCUAGUUUUGGGUUGGACGUCGUCAACCUCUGCAUCUUCUCUCCGGCUUUCCGUUGUUGAUAGGGUAGAUAAGCGCAAAGUCCAUUAUCAUGUUGUGUAUGUACAUAGCAGCAGGGAGCCAGGCAAGGGUCUGAAGAUGCAGAGAGACAAAGAGAGGCGAUUCUCUUUCUUCUGUAUCCUUUAUUUUCUUUUGUACAUGGUGAUUUCAGUGUUACUUCGUGGUACAUUUCUUCUUGGUUUACGAUUAUGGUGUUGGGUGCUUUGGUUUGUUUUGUAGGUUGGAUGCACUGCAUCUACAAGAAGUUUGUUGAUGAAGAUACUAAAGAAGUUGAGAACACAACUUUUUGAGGGAGCAUUUUUCUACCCACAAUUGCAGAGUAGUGUUGCGGUUCCAGCUGCACAGUGGCAAUUAUGUUUUUUAAAGAUCAAUCUUCAAUGUAUGAACUAAGAAGCCAUGAAUAAGAUAAGCUUCUUACCCAAAAAGGAAUAAGAUAGGGUGGUAGUUGAUGUUACUGGUUUUACUCUUUUUUUUUUUUUUCAGAAGUUGGAGAUGUUUAGGAUCUUUUACUGGCUAUUUCUAAAGUUCUUUGAACCUUACAACCUGCCGAGUUAGUAGCAUGCAUUGAAUUAUAAAGGGAGGUGUCUGGCGAUUUGCUUGAUUA